AUGUGCCUACAGUACAAGACAUUCUGCACACCAGAAUACCUACAAUGGGUGUCAUCGAAGGUAUUUGACGUAGGUGGACAACGUUCGCAGAGGAAGAAAUGGAUCCACUGCUUUGACGAUGCCAAAGCAGUAAUAUUUGUUGCCGCACUUAGUGAGUAUGAUCAGGUGCUAAGCGAGGACAAUACUACGAAUCGUCUGCAGGAGUCGCUGUUAUUGUUUCAGCAAAUAUGUAAUAAUCGCUUUUUCCUGGAAACAAACAUUAUAUUAUUCCUUAAUAAAAAAGAUGUUUUUUUGGAGAAGAUAGCAAAAGGACGAUCUUUGAAGACCGCUUUUCCAGAAUACAACGGCGAUGAUACAUUUGACGCCUAUGCAAAAUACAUCGAAAAGAAGUUUUUCAUGGUAAACGAGGUACCGAACAAAGCUAUCUAUUGCCAUUUGACGUGCGCAACGGAUACGCAGCAAGUGCAAUUUGUCCUAGACAGUGUUUUGGAUACCAUUCUUUCCAGCAAACUAAAAGGAUGCGGUUUAUAUUGA